AUGUCAGAAAACGGAUUAAACGGACACAGGAAUAACUUGACGGGCCUUCAGUGGAAAGUUGGAUUUAUUAAUUCAGAGCAAAAAUACUUAACAGCUGAGACAUUCGGUUAUAAGAUAAAUGCUUCUGGAACGGGUUUAAAGAAAAGACAAGCAUGGACAUUGGAGCAAGACCCGAGAGAAGAAGUAGUCUACAUUCGGAGUCACUUAGGUCGAUACCUGGCUUCAGAUAAAUAUGGAAAUAUUAGCGGAGAGAGCGAAGAGCCAGGCCUUUCGGAAAAGUUUGCUAUUGAAUAUAAUGAUAAGGGCCAGUGGGCGAUUCGAAACGUAGCACAUGGUUUUUAUGUGGGAGGAACCGAUAACAAUGUUGUUGGACAUGCCAAGCAGCCCACAGCCACAGAAUGGUGGACCUUACAAUUAGCAAUUCAUCCACAAGUUAACCUUAAAAACGUAAAUAGGAAAGUUUAUGCCCGUCUAGCAGCCGAGGAGGGCGAAAUUCAAUUUACCGAGGUGAUUCCAUGGGGCCAAGAUUGUUUGAUCAUUUUGAAAUUUAUCGAUGGAAAAUAUGCACUGGUCACUUGUGAUAAUCGGUAUUUACACCGUGAUGGCCAUCUGGUCGAAGAGUUGUCGGAAGAAACUUUAUAUACAGUUGAGCUCAAGUCGGGUAUAAUCUCUGGUCUAGCUCUGAAAGAUAUUGACGGUUGCUACUUAACCGCUGUCGGACACACUGGCACAAUGAAGGCACGUAACAGAACCAUCACAAAAGAUGAACUAUUUACAAUCGAAGACAGCCAUCCACAAGUCACCUUUACUUCCCAUACUGGCAAAAUUGUAUCAAUUAAGCAAGGGUUAUAA